UAAACUUACCGCCGGUAGGGGAAAGUUUAUUGUUGUCAAAAGUACACUUGAGGCAACUGUAGCUCCAAACAUGCCCAUACCUGCAGGUAGCUCAAGUUGGCUUCGAAACAAGUUUCUUCAACCGACCUUCAACCGACGAUAUCCUACAGGAGACAGGGAAAUCACUGCAGCUCCCCACCUGUGUUCAUUCCUUCAAAUGUCCAACGAACUUCAACUGACAACAUCCAGGCACUUGGUGAUGUAUAGCCAAAUUCUUCAUCUAAAGGUCAACGGGUCAUCGAUAACUUUACUUACAUGCUCUGACUGUGACCUGGCCAUGAGGGAGUGUUUAUUCUCUGAGAAAGAAAAUGAGUUUCGGGGCGAGCUGGUGAACCAGCGGUGGACACGAGGCGAGAGGACCAGCAGCCGCUGUCAGGCCUCCCAGAGACUGCAGAGCCGUCAACCAAUCAUGAUGAGUGUAGAGGGUGAUGACAAACGAACCCGCACUCGGUCCAAGGGAAUCAGAGUUCCUAUUGAGCUCGUAGGACAAGAGCUGAGCUGCCCCACCCCUGGAUGCAAUGGCACUGGCCAUAUCAGUGGGAGAUACUCACGGCACAGAAGCGUUCUGGGUUGCCCAAUUGCCAGAAAGCGCCGUCUAGAGGAGGCAGAAGCAGAGCAGGAGCAAGAACAGGAAACAGAGCGGCCCGCCUCUAAGAGGAAGUCUCACCCGCUUAAACUGGCACUGGAUGAGGGCUUCAGCGCAGAGAGCGACGCCAGUAGUGAGGCUGAGGGAGAAGGAGAGAAGGAUGGAGAGAAAGGAGCAGAGUCCAAGGAAAGGGAGGCAGCUGAAGAAAGGGAGGAGGAGGAAGAGGUGGUAGAAGAUGUGAUACAGAACGGACAGACAAAUGGGCAGGAGGAGGAAACACAGAGUGAACAGAAGGAGGAAGAGGAGGAGAGGGAAGAAGAUGACACAUAUCAGAAAGAGGAGAACACAUUUAACGGUGAUGAAGAGGAGGAGUGUGUGAUCAUCGAGCCAGAAGCCAGUGCAGCGCCUCCUGCAGCUGAGGAGUGUCAGUCUCCCUCCCGGAGCGCCGAAGAGGUCGCCAACUCUCUCCUCCACCUUGGCCGAGUCUCACACUCCAACACCAACAACAAUGCACCAACUGUGGCUCUUCAGCAGCCUGUUGCUAUGGAGACCGAGGAAGAUGUCACUGUGGCAGCCAAGCAGGGUGAAGAAGCAAUGGAUGAGCAGGAGGGGGAAAUGAAGAAGGGAGAAGAGGAGGUGGAGGCACAGAGAGCAUCAGAAGAGUCAUCUGUUUUACAGAAAGAGGCAGCUGAUGUGAAUGAAGAGGAGUUGGAGUGUGAAGACAUGAGCAACCAUGCAAGACAGGAGAACCUCCAGUGUGUCACUGAAGAUGCCCACCAUCAGCAGGUCAAAGGAGAGGGAGAGGAAGAGGGAGAGGAAGAGAUGGCAUCGCCGACACAGCAGAGGCAGGACAUGGCACCAGAAGAGGAAGAUGAUGAGGAGAAGAAGAACCACAAGGAGGUGAAUCAUGUUCUGCCUGUUUCUGAUGUGCCAACUGCCAUCCGCACCAUCACCAGCACUGCAGCAGCUCAGGGAAAACUCAUUAAAACUGAAGACCACAGGGCCAGUCCUCUGGAAGACUACGACACACACAGGACAAGUCCCCUUGAAAACUACAACAGUAACAGUGUUGACAAAUAUGACUCUCAUAAACACAGCCCUCAUCAAAACUACAAGGCUAGUCCUCCUUUAAGCUACAGCUCUCACAGGGCCAGUCCACUGGACGACUACUAUCCCAACACACAUGCUGAGAACUACAAAGUCCACAAAGCUUCAUCCUCAGCUUCUCCUGACAUUAUCGAGGUGCACUCCGACAAGUCAGAGGAGAAAGACUUUGAUGACGCAGACGGUGAUGACGAGCGUGACGACGACAGCCUUUCGCAGCGAUCCACAAUGACUGAGGAGUCGGAGAUGUUUGACAUGACCCGGGGUAACCUGGGCCUACUGGAGCAAGCCAUCGCACUCAAGGCAGAGCAGGUGAAGCCGGCUGGGCCCAGAGAGCUGCUCCGUGCCCCAGAUAUCCACCACCAGCGAUACUUCACAAUGGAUGACAGGCCCAAGCACCUGGAUGUCAUCCGCAAGAGCUACUUCAGCAAAGAGAGCAGUAGGCCUGAGAAGAGGGAGGUCAAGUGUCCCACCCCAGGGUGUGAUGGGACGGGUCAUGUGACUGGUCUUUACCCCCACCACCGCAGCCUGUCAGGGUGUCCGCACAAGGACAGGAUCCCCCCAGAGAUUCUUGCCAUGCAUGAGAAUGUGCUGAAGUGUCCAACACCUGGCUGCACCGGUCAGGGCCACGUUAACAGCAACCGCAACACACAUCGCAGUCUCUCUGGAUGCCCCAUUGCUGCUGCAGAGAAACUCUCCAAGACCCAUGAUAAGCCGCAUCUCUCCCAGCCAGGCACCGAGCACCUCAAAGGAAGCCCUAAUGACAGAGUCUUAAGCCCCACCCUGAUGUCUUUUCACUCUCCCUCUCCUCCUCACAGGCCCAUGUGCUUCGUGAAGCAGCUGGAGGUGCCUCAGUAUGGCAGCUACCGGCCAAACAUUGCACCCACCACGCCUCGAGCCAACCUGGCCAAGGAGCUGGAGAAGUACUCCAAGGUGUCCUUCGAUUAUGCAAGCUUUGAUGCUCAAGUGUUUGGGAAGCGUAUGCUUGCUCCAAAGAUGCCCACCAGCGAAACCUCACCCAAAGCCUUCAAAACUAAGCCCUCAUUUCCUAAGUCAUCAUCACCCAGCCUGAGUCUCCACGGUUACGGGAAGAGCUCCGCCUCAGCUUAUGACUACUCCCAUGAUGCCGAGGCUGCUCACAUGGCCGCCACUGCCAUCCUCAACUUGUCCACACGCUGCUGGGAGAAGCCUGAGAACCUCAGCACCAAACCCCAAAACAAGGAUAUGGACAUUGAGGUGGAUGAGAAUGGCACUCUGGACCUGAGUAUGAAGAAACCCAUCAAACGUGAGGGCAGUCUAUCCGGCACCAGCCCUGGGGUCCGUUCCCCAGACCCUUCCUCCUCCUCAUCCUCGCUUCAUCAUGGCGGAAGCAGUGGGAUGACCUCACCGAACCUCAGCCACACCUACAAGCAAGAGGAGUGGGAGGGACCUCUGGAUUACACCAAACCCAACCGCCAAAGGGAAGAAGAGAUGGAUGAGAUGGAGCACACCGGCCAGUCUUUUGUUUCAUCUGAUACAGAGGACUGUGACAUGAUGCAGGACUGUCUGGAGGAAAGGAAGUACCCUGGAGAAGUCACGACCCCAAGCUUCAAAGUCAAGUUCCAACCUAAGGAUGCUAAGAAAGAGCUGCUCGCGUGUCCUACACCUGGCUGUGAUGGCAGCGGCCACAUCACUGGAAACUAUGCGUCCCAUCGCAGUCUGUCUGGGUGUCCUCUCGCUGAUAAGAGCCUUCGGUCCCUCAUGGCGGCCCACACCCCUGAACUCAAAUGCCCUACUCCAGGAUGUGACGGCUCAGGUCAUAUCACAGGAAACUACGCCUCUCAUAGAAGUCUCUCUGGGUGCCCGCGUGCCAAGAAAAGUGGAAUUAAAACUCCUACCAAGGACAACCAGGAGGACUCGGAGCUUUUAAAAUGCCCUGUGCCGGGCUGCGACAGCCUGGGUCACAUCAGCGGAAAGUAUGCCACCCACCGUAGCGCCUACGGGUGUCCACUGGCGGCCCGCCGGCAGAAGGAGGGCCUCCUCAAUGGAACACCCUUCAACUGGAAGGCCUUUAAGACAGAGGGGCCUACCUGUCCCACUCCAGGUUGUGACGGCUCUGGACACGCCAAUGGAAGCUUCCUCACACACCGCAGCCUCUCAGGAUGCCCCAGAGCCUUGUACGCCAAGAAGAAGGCAAAGUUCCCCACAGAGGACUACCUGAGCACCAAGUUCAGAGCUAGUGAUGUUCUGGACAAUGAUGAGGACAUCAAGCAGCUCAACAAAGAGAUUAACGACCUCAAUGAAUCCAACAAUGAAAUGGAGGCUGACAUGGUCAAUCUGCAGACCCAGAUCUCCUCCAUGGAGAAGAAUCUGAAGACCAUCGAGCACGAGAACAAGAUGAUCGAGGAGCAGAACGAGGCUCUGUUCAUGGAGUUGUCUGGUCUGAGCCGCGCCCUCAUCCACAGCCUGGCUAACAUACGCCUGCCGCACAUGCAGGAGCCUAUCACCGAGCAGAACUUCGACAGCUACGUGAGCACCCUGACUGACAUGUACACCAACAAGGACUGCUUCCAGAGCCCCGAGAACAAGGCUCUGCUGGAGAGCAUCAACAAAGCUGUGAAGGGCAUCAAAGUCUGAGAGCGAAACUGUCCGGAAGCAAAGGAGCGUGACAGAGGAACGGAGGAGAUGAAGGAAAGAUGUUGAAAUACUCUACAAUAUAUUGAAAUACGAUUCAAAAACAAAAAGGGAAUUCAGGUUAUUUAAAUAAACGGCAACUUAAAAAAAAUCAACCCAGGGAGCAUUCUGUUAGAAGAUGACAAAAAGUGACGCGGACCAAAAUCCACACCAUGCUGCUGCUGGGAUUGGACCGGACAUAGAAGAUGGAAACAAGAACCAAAUCCUUCAGUCAGAAUGGAUGGAAAAAGAAGAAUAAUGUUACUAUAUACUGUAUCUGGGGUUUUAAUAUGCUGUAUGUUUACCCGUUGUCUUUUUUGUGUCCUUAACUGUUUUUGGACGGGGUAUCACUGUCGCCCGGUCGAUCUGCUUUUUGCAUCAGCUGAGAAGCAGAGGAACAUGGGAUUGCUCACAGGGGGCCGACGUGGACGAGGAGGACGCAGACGUAAAAAGACUGUCAGUGCUUGUCCUGUAGCAUUCACUGUGGCGACGUAUGUGUCCGCUGGCUCCAAAGGCUCUAUGAUCCAUGACCACACGCCCCCCAGCAAUAUGAAGGAUGCACUACAGUGAAUCUGUGUUUGCUUUGUGGUAUUAACUGCGGCAAGAUGUCAACAGCACAAUGUUGACUGGGUUUAGUGGGGGAAAAAAUUCUUCAAGCAAGGUCAUGAGACAGAUCCAGAAACAGUAUAGGUUGCCUGGUGUUUAUUUUUCAUGGACAGAUGAAGAAGCAGGAGAUAAAUUCAUCUUUUUUCCCUUUUUUUUUUUUUAACUGAAAUGAUAAUAGUCAUAUAGUGUGCACACAUUUCAGAUUCAGUUAGUCAUAUCAAUAGUAUUUAUCAACAUAGGAUUUGCACUUCAUUUCAAUGACUAGUUUUGUGGUACAAUAAUUAUUGUUAUAUAUUAAUUAUUUAAAUUUGUGGACUUUUAAAUUAUAAGUUAUUGCCAUUUAUGUUAUUGAGGUUUAUUUAUUUGAAGCAAUCUAUUUAUUAACCUUGUUUGUAACACAAAAAAAUGCAUCUUUACUGAUUAUCUUGGUCAAAGCGAUGUCUUAAGCAUAUGUCUUACGUCAAUAUUUUAAAAAUCUAUAUAGAUAAACUGACAAGGCAUAUUUUGUUUUGAGUACUUUUAAAACGUUUUUAAGUGCAGAUGUUUUAUAACUGACAAAAAAUUUUGAUAAUUUACAAAAAAGUUAUUUUUUUGGGUUUGCUCUUGUUUUUUUUUCCCCCUCUGUUUUAUGUUUUUUUUCUGUUACUGGUACAUUCAGAAACCCACUGCUGAAAAAAAAUAAGAAAGUAUGUAUUUAUUAUUUAUUUAAUAUGAAAGAAAUGGACUGAUAUGGCUGUAUAUUUAUUUUGUUAUUUAUGUGUGUGAUGUGACGGUUGAGUCUGAGUAGUCUUAAAGAAAAUCCAUUGCUAAUAUUUAAAUAAAGAAGCAAAAUCAAUACAACAACUGUUUGAUUACUUAGGCUUAUACCUAGACAUGCCAGCAGCUGAUUGUAAAAAAAAGACAACAAAACAACAAAAGCAAUCACUGUUCUGUUGGUAUCUGGUCUCUGUGUGUUUGAGCCAUCUUGUGUUUGCUUUUGUCAGGUGAAAGAAAACCAAGAAAACAAAACAAAAAAAAAAAUCUGAAAAAAAUGUUACCUCUCCCAAGCGCUUUGUAGCGGCCAACAAUGGCUCACCCAAAACCUCUGUAAUGUACCAUAGUAAUGCAUUUUGAUUAAUCCUUACUCUUUGUUUUAUGAUUACUUUGGUAUAUUUUUUAAUUUCAUCUGUAGAUGGUACAUUAUAGAGCUCUGUUCCAGCAGUGUUUUAGGCUGGACAUGUGGAUCUAAAACACACACACACAAACACCACACACACACACACAAGCGACAUAUCCAACCCUCCAGGAUAGGAUGGCCUCCUUGACAAACUUCUAUCAGAUAAACAUACACACCCUUGUAGCCUUACUCUAGAUUUUAAUUUUUUGAUGCACAAAGUGCCACUAAAAAAAAAAAGAAAAAAAAACUUUCUUUCCUGAUUCUUCGCAUUCUGCAAUGUAACAAUGUCUGGUCCAGGGAAGACCACGGCAUCAAGAGAGUGGUGAUUGUUUCAGAUGCCUUUAUUUCUCUGCCAAGAUGGCCAUAAGUACACUAUAUAUACAUUCUGUAUAAAUAGAUUUUAAAGAUGCUAUAUAUAUGAAUAUAAACAUACAUAUAUUUUUCCAGUGUAAUUGUUGACUUGCUCUUCUUCUUCUUCUUCUCUUGUAUUACCUUCUCAAAGGAUCACUAGCUGUCUAGAAGAGAUGUGAGAGACGUUAUCAAUAGGAGGCAGUUACACCUUAUUUAAUAUCACUAAGACCUGCUCAACUGUGGCUUUAAACAUACCAUUCAGUCAAGCUGAAGGCAAGUAGACAUUGUUGGUGAUAUAGUACAGUACUCUGGAUGUGUUUUCAUCAUUUUCCUCUUUUCUUUUUUUCCACUGGAUAUGUCUGUCUUUGAUCCAGAAAUGUCAAAAACACCUUUUGUAUGUUGUACUACUACUGAAUCUGAGAAUGACUGUCAAUUUGAAACUUAGAUGGUUGGCUCUUUGUUCCUAAGUGUCAUGUGAAUUCAUGUAUAGUUAUAAAAAUGUUGCCUCUGAAUAAUGUUCUGCACAUAGUGUUUGGCUACAUUGUGCAGUUAUUGUAUUGUUAUGGUAAGGCCUGCUCGCUGUGAGCACAACUUCUCUCUAAUGUUGAACCUUGAAACAAGCAAAUAGGAGACGUUAGUCUGUAACCUGCCUUUGAGUGAUCUGUUGCAGCUACUGUGGUGUACAACUAUGAUACCCUUGUGUAACUCUGAUGUCAAAGGCAUGUUGUAAAUGUGCUUUUAGCAAAUGUAGAAUGAAAACUCCUUUGUGCACUUUCUGAAUAACCAUUGAAAAUGCCAGCAUUUGGGUCUCGAUAACGCAUCGCAGGCAAUAGCAAGUUUUCACCCCCGUUUGAGGGCGCAUUACGAAGCAUUGUUACACCUGUUUGUUGCUGUUGACAUAUGAACCAACCUGUACAUUAUUUCAGAUAGAGACAUCUCUUUGAUUCAGGGGGGUUGAGGGCUCCACUCAGUCUGUGUUGUCAGAGCGUAGAAAUGUAUAAAUAGGAAAUGUUACUUUCCUUUCCAAACAAAAAAACACUUUGACCAAACCAAAAGAGAUUGACAGGAAGCUGAGUGUGGUUCUCAGGUGAUUGGAGAGAGCUCCUAAAGCAGAACAGAGCAAUGGCACGGGGUCAGCCAGUUAGCUGAGGCUAGGGGCGAUAGCAGCGGCUGGAUCAAGGCCUCGUGUGAAAUGAGAUGAGUGCGUGGGAGUGGGAAAUUGAUUUGCCAGGCUACACAAUCUCCCCUUGUUUUAGGAGGAGGCGUUUGUUGCAUAAAUAUGUGUCCAUCACUCAAAAGAAUGUCAAAGCAUUUUAUGACUUGUAACCCCCCUCCCCUCCCUACAUGUCUUGUGUAACCUUUCCUCAGGAAAGAUAGUUUUGAUGCAUUUGGUUAACAAAGUAGCAUAUUCUUCCUCUCUUGAAUGCACGAGAAUACUACCCAAGAGUGUUAAGACUGUGAAUAUUCUCCUAACUUAUUUGAUAUGGCAUGACCCCUUUUAAACUGCUUGAUGAAAUUGUCUACUGAGGUAUGUAAAUGAAUAACACUGAGGCCAUGAAAGCAUAACAUUUUCAAAAAUGUCAGCUGAGAAAGCAAAUGCAGCCUACGGUUGGUUCUGUGCCCACGCACUGUAUGUUUUCUUAUUUACAUAAAAGUACUGAGAGAUGGAGUGAGGAGUUUUAUUAUUCUAAAUAGCAAAGUAAAUUAAAAAAACAAACUGGUCAGGGCCCAGUUUCCCUAAAGCACCUGAGAGGGAAAUGGAGUAAAAUUAAUUUAACUUGAUGACACGUUCAGGGAAACCAGCCCAGACCAAAUCCAGCUCUGUGUUUAUGACAGGGGAGGCACACCUUUGCAUUUUGGUUUGUCAUUUUAGUUGCAGACUGGCUGUGUAUGUCAAAAAAAAAAAAAAAAAAAAAAAACGGAAUUGUCACUUUGACGCACACGUCGCGCAGAAAACUGUCUAUUAGAGUGGCACUUUUCGUCGAGCUGAGCAAAACCAAAAGCCCCAUCCCCCCCAUACCCCCCUCCCCUGCCCCUCUUCUUCCUGCUGUAGUUUUCAAGCUGUGUGGUCUUAUCAUGUGUGCCUUUCUCACUCCACUCAUUUCAAAAUAUGAUAUGUUUACACUUGGCAAACAACAUUCUAAAACUGCUCAAAACACAUUGUCUGGAUAUAUAUCUCUAUCGUUACUGUAGAAGAAGUGUGUUCGAGUGCAAGUGUGCGUGAGUGUGUGCCUGUCUGGGUUAGGGGGGUAGGGGGGGUCAGUCGCAAUGUAUAGGGGAACAAAAUAAAUGUGUCUUUUACAUGCAGGUAGAGGCCAUAGUGACACUAUUACUUCUGUGACAGAGAUACUAAACAACAAGCUUUCGUAGAGUAAAGAAACUGUGAUCUAAUUCUGUUGAUUCAGGUACCAAACUGCAUGGACAGUUUCUGUGAAGGAAUAAUGAAGAACAUUGAACAUCAUCCUAGAUAAUGCAUCAGUGUGCAGGGCAUUAUUUUGAAACAAGUGGAAGUCUCUGUACAUAUUUGUAUUAAGAAGAAACAGUGUUAUUGUUGUUGUAUUGAAGAAAAGUUGAAAAUGAUAAAAAAAAAAAAAAAAAAAGAAUAGUUUGUGACAAAAAAUACAAAUCCACAGCCAAGGGUUGUCCUGCUAGCACAUUUUUACAGAGAUGAGCUAUUUUUACUGGUGAUUUUCUAGGCAUUGAUACUGAUAUCCUUUUAAAAAAGUACAAAACUUCCAAAAUUACAAGCACUUCCACAACGAUAGAUUGUAUGGUAAUUUUUGUUACUUUUGUAGAUGUGGUUGUUCCUUUGCUACUGCACCAUUUUGUAAAGUGGGACAGGCCUUGGCUGUGUGUUCUCGGGGUCUCAUGUUUUUGUUUUUUUUAAUUAUUAUUAUAAUUAUUAUUAUUUUUCUUUGGGAAGUAAAACACUGUAGGUGGGCUGAUUUUGUGACUGUGUGUUUGUGUACUUGUGUACAUGUUCCCCUGUUCCUGUGUCAGUGUUAUAAACCAGAGAAGUGAUGUCAGUUAUUGUGAGGGUAUGAACCAUUUUAAAUGUUCUCUAUGAAAAACACAAAUAAAGAAUCAUAGACAA